GAAACAAGUAAGCAAAGCUGAUCUGGCAUCCUAAGUGGGACCUUUAGGACCAAGAGUUCACCCAUUGGAUGACAGUAGCUAGGAAGGUAGUCAUGGACGCUGUUGAGGAACAAACUGAAGCGGCCUUAUCAGAGUUUGAUACUAAAGAGUCUGAUAGUAAAAAAAUCUACUUGGCUCAGAAAGCAAAAUCUGCUCAGAUUUUGGAUUCCUUGCAUCAAAGAUUUAUCCAAAAUCAUACAAUUGGACAAGAGAUUUGUAAGGCUGAGAGAGAUUUUAGUAGAAAAGAGAAGUUCAAGAAGGGACUUAUGGAAGAAUCUUCUGAGCCUGUUAAGCUAUAUACUCCUAUAGACACUGACAUCUUGGAGGAUUAUACCAAGCUUGAACAGUGUCAGAAAGCCUUAGAUAAAAUUGAAGAAAGGUUUAAGAUUUGUGUCACUGAUCGGUCAUACAUGAACAAUUCCUUGUUUUCUAAAUCAAAUCUCUCCAAAAAUCCUGCUUUUAGGAAUACAUUGAAGUAAGGUUCAGCCUUGUGACUCUGAUUUUGGUCAUUUUCCACUAAAAAGACCCGCCAUUGUAAAGAAACCGGAGUGGCAUAAAUCUACAGUUAUGAAGAAAUUACAGAUCUCUCAGGGAUCUCAGGAAGAAGAAACUUCUAUGAAGAGAGUUCACAAAGAUAUCAAAGGAUAUCUUGGAAUGAGGCUGAAAUUAGUCGACAAAAUCUCACGAUUUGUUGAGAAUAAGGUGAAUGACAUUGGCGAGGAAAUAGCCACACUCAAAAUCACUGGGAAAUCUAAAAAACAGUUGAAUAUCAAAAAUGCUAGUAAAAUAAAAAUCACUGAAGAAAUGAUCAAUAAGUUUUGUGACCACAAGCAGAGAGAAGCUUCCUUACAGAAGUUGUUCCAAUAUUCCAUUGUUGAUGAAUUCUAUAAUGGACGUCCAUCUAUGAGGCAGAUUGAGUAUAACCCAGAGGAGAUUUUGUAUGAAAAUGCACUAGACAAGGACUCUAAGAUACCUAAGAGUGAGAGAAGGCUUGGCCAUACAUUCUCGCUCCCAAAGGUAGCUCUCGAAUUUCCAAAGUAUGAAUGUGAUCCGGUGAAAACUAGAACUCAUGUUCAUAACUCACUGAAACUUUCAAAUGAAGAGGUAAGGAAUAUUCAGAAUACCUAUCAUAUUCCUAUCCUGAAGGAGGAGAAGAAGAAACCUGAAACUAUCACUAAAAAUACUGAGAAGAAUCCUUUAGAUCCGUAUUUGUUUAGUACCCAGGAUCAGGAGGCAACUGCAGAGGCUGGUAAUGACAACAAGGAGGAGAACCCAACUUUGGCCUCUAGGAAGACCUCUGAAAGUAAAGAUACAGUCAAAGUGUCUCCAAAAUUUAAAGAUGCUGAAGAGAACAAGGACAAUAAUAUGGGAGAAGAAAACAUGCAAAACAGCAAGGAAGAUGCUCAGGAAGAUGACAAACUACCUUUAUCAGAGCUAAAUAUUCCUGAAUCUAAGAAUCUUAUUACACCGAAACCAGCUGAAGCCUUCUCAAAGCCCCCCAACGGAGGACCUACUCAGAGACCGAAGCCAGACCCCUUUGGCAACAAAGUGCAAGCAAAGAAGAGUUCCCUUUUUGAUACCGGAAAAGGGAGUUCUCUCAAUAAAGCCAAGAGCUCAAAUGGGAACUUUAAGAUGGGGUAAGAAUUAUGAGCUGUAA